AGAGGAAGAGAAAAAGAGAAGAAGUUAAAGAGAAAGAGAGAUCAUUGAUCAUGUGUCUAGUGUUUCUUUGUGAAGAAGAGGAGAGAGUGUUGGGAAGUCAAGAAGCACCAGGGAAGUGUCCUUAUUGUGGAGGGAUGGUUAUGGCAACAGACUUUGAGAGCACUCGUAGGCUUUGUUGUCUUCCAAUUUGCAUUAAGAACAAGAGGAAGUACUCUUGCACUAAUUGUUCUCGCCGUCUUGAGACUUAUCCUUAGCAUUCUUACUUACUUUUUAACUU